AUGGCCUUUCCCUACUACAAGGAAAGCAAAACGGGACGUAUCCUGUUGACCGGUCUCCUCGGACUCACACUCGCCAACUCGGGCGUUUCCGUGCUCUUCAGUUACCUCGGUAAGGACUUUUGGAACGCUCUCAGUGCCAAGGAUACCGCAGACUUUUACAACGUCCUGCAAAAAUACCUCGGCGCUUUGCUGCUCGGGGCCCCCGUCGCUACCUUUUACAAGUACCAGCGCGAACAACUCGCCGUACACUGGCGCGAGUGGAUGACGGCUCGUACCUUUUCUCUAUACGCAUCCAAUCGCGUCUACUACAACAUUGAACGAUCCAACGCGAUCGACAAUCCCGAUCAGCGCAUCGCCGAAGACGUCAACACCUUUACGGCCUAUUCCUUGCAACUCGUGAUCACCCUAUUGACCUCCUUGAUUGAUCUACUCUCCUUUGCCACCAUUCUCUGGAGUAUCUAUCCACAAUUGUUCGGCGCCAUUAUACUCUACGCCUUUGGUGGGACCUUCAUCACUACCUUAUUGGGACGCUCCUUGGUUUCGCUCAACUUUUCGCAGUUGCAGAAGGAAGCCAAUUUCCGUUACAGCUUGGUACGCUUACGGGACAAUUCCGAAUCCAUCGCCUUUUACGGCGGCGAAGAUUUGGAAGGACAGGCCAUCGAACGCCGUCUCGAAAACGUCAUGGGCAAUCAACGUAAAAUCAACGCCGCCCAACGGAAUCUCGAACUCUUUACCAACAGUUACCGCUACCUCGUCCAGAUUCUGCCCGUCGCUGUCGUCGCCCCCAAGUACUUUGCCGGAGAAAUACCCCUCGGUGUCAUUUCCCAAUCGGUCGGCGCCUUUAACCACAUUCUCUCCGAUCUCAGUAUCAUCGUGAAUCAGUUUGAACGGCUCAGUUCCUUUUCCGCCGGUAUUGAACGCUUGAGUGGAUUCUACCAAGCCAUGCGGGAAGCCGAUUUGGAACGCGCCGAUGAUGGACCCUUGUUCUCCCGGACCUUUGACCCUCACAACGGCGCCUACCGUGACCGCACCGUCUUGUCCAUUGAACACCUGGACUUGUGCACACCCGAUCAGAAACGUUUGUUAAUCAAGGAUCUCAAUUUACAGCUCCGGGAAGGCGAAAAUCUAUUGAUUGUUGGAAACAGCGGCGCCGGAAAAUCGAGUUUGUUGCGUGGGAUUGCCGGAUUGUGGACGGUCGGGAACGGUGUCGUCAGCCGACCCGUCGAUGAGGAAGUAUACUUCUUACCCCAACGACCCUACUGCACCAUUGGGAGUCUCCGCGAUCAGUUACUCUAUCCCGCAAUCAACGCGCAGGAAUACGACGGGGCCGAAGCCAACGGUCAAAAGAUUGUACCGCGCUCCCACAUUCUAAAGGACCAAUGGACGGACGAGGAGCUGUUGCUGGUACUGGAAAAGGUCGAUCUCGUGGAAGUGGCCGAACGCGCCGGAGACGGCGACGCAACCAAGGGUUUGGAAGCUGUCUUGGACUGGAGCAAUAUGUUGAGUUUGGGCGAACAACAGCGAUUGGCCUUUGGACGAUUGCUGGUCAACCGACCCCGUCUCGUAAUAUUGGAUGAAGCCACAUCGGCCCUGGACAUGGUCUCCGAAGCGCGCAUGUACAACGUACUGAAGAAUAUGGCCCGCAAGGAAUUGACCGGUAGCGCCAAACUAUCCGCUCCCGGCUUGACGUAUGUAAGUGUAGGACAUCGACCAAGCUUGUUGGCCUAUCACGACAAACGACUACGGCUCAUGGGUGAAGAAGACCACGAAGUGACAACUGUUGAGAAGGAACAAGUCCAACUUCAAAACCAAAUACAAAAUCUGUAA